AUGCAUACCCUUUGGAAACCAGUGCACGUUGUUGUGGCUUCAUUUUAUGUUUCUGUUUCUGUUCUUCUAUUCAGUGACUGCGUGGCCUAUGAGGAGGAGAAUCACUCUAGUAGUCAUAAGAAAACAAUUAACAAAUUUUACAAGGUAAAUCAGCAGAAGACAUCUGAUAUUGCAGUACAUGGAUUACUGCUGUGGGCUUCAACCGGAUUAUUAAUGCCACUAGGAAUACUUAUCAUUAGAGGUUCCACUAAGGCAGAACCUGGAUCUAGAAGGAGUAAAGUGCUCUUCUAUCUCCAUGUUGGUUUUCAGAUGCUUUCAGUACUUCUUGCCACAGUUGGAGCUGCUAUGUCCCUGAAAAAGUUUGAAAAUUCAUUUGAUAACAACCAUCAAAAAUUAGGCCUGGCACUUUAUGGUGCUAUAUUGGUGCAAGGCUUGAUUGGAUUUUUCAGACCACACAGGGGAAAGAAAGAGAGGAGUUAUUGGUACUUACUACAUUGGAUACUAGGGACAGUAGUUUCACUUGUGGGGAUCAUCAACAUAUACACCGGUUUGAAAGCCUACCAUAAGAGAACCUUAAAAAGCACAACACUUUGGACUAUCCUUUUCACUGUGGAAGUCUCUUUCAUUGGACUAGUUUACCUCUUCCAAGACAAAUUGGAAUAUAUGAAAAAGCAAGGAGUGAUUAUAGGAAGUGAGUCGUCAAUUCUGUCAUCUAAUCAAGACAUUCCUCAAAGCCAAACUCAAAAGGAGUUGUUACCAGUUGCAUGUGGAAGAAAGAGAAAUGCACUUGAGAAUUUGUUUGACUAA